GGUUGUCGGUUCACUUCUCGUCGGUGCUCUGUUCCCACCCAACCAGCGGAGAAGAAAAGAGCAGGUGAGAGGAUGGUCGGAUGCUGCUGGCGCUACUAAACCGAUGAUAUUCAGGAAACAGACACUUCAUGCACGGCGAAACGGGGAGGUUACUGGCGACAGGUAGCGAGAGCACGUCGUGACAGUUGGGUUUAUGCGCGGUGGUCACUUUCCGGAGUGUUUUAUUCGGCAUAGACAGGAGGCGUCGAGAGAGGGCAGUAAGCCAGUGUUGGAGGUCUAUCCUGACUGAAGAGGAGAACCACUACACACACAAUCACAUCAUCAGCUUUUAAAUACACACACAUUCAUCAUAAUGGGAGGUGUAUGAUGACUGUAGCUGCAGGGCUAUGGCCAGCGAACCCUUGGAAGGCUUCCAUGAGGUCAACUUGGCGUCACCCACCACCCCUGACCUCCACGGAUUGACCUCCGACCCCAGACCCCAAUGUCACAGCGCUCCUUCCAGCGCCCUGUACCGUACACCCUCCCUCAGCUCCAGCCCCUGCCCCCCCAACGCCCUGCGAGCCGACCAGCUGCCCACCCAGCCCAUCUACUCUGCCCCUCGGCUACUGGGCAGCACAGAACCCCACAAUGGAAGUGUUCCGGGGUUGGAACCCCCGUCCGGUCAGAGGCAGAGGCAGCAGAGGGGGUGUUCCUGUCUGGAGAGGAAGGGGAGGAGUCUCUGGGUCUGACCAAUGACAGCCUGUCCCGCCUCCGCAGCCCCUCAGUCAUGGAGAUCAGAGAGAAAGCCAAUGAGAGACUGAAGGAGGAACUAGCCAAGGCACAGAGGGAUCUUAAGUUAAAAGACGAGCAGUGUAAAAGGCUUUCUAAAGUCAGGGACCAACUGGGCCAGGAACUGGAGGAGCUCACUGCUAGCCUGUUUGAGGAAGCUCACAAGAUGGUGCGUGAGGCCAACAUCAAACAGUCGACGGCUGAGAAGCAGCUGAAGGAAGCUCUGAACAAGAUUGAUGUGCUCCAGGCGGAGGUGUCUGCCCUGAAGACCUUGGUCCUGUCCACGUCCCCCACCUCCCCCUGUCACGACCUUCCUGGGGGCUCCAAGGCCCCCUUCAAGAAGGGCCACGGCCGCAACAAGAGUACCAGCAGCGCCAUGCUGGGCAGCGGGCAGGACCUGAGUGCCACACAGCCCAUCAUACGAGACUGCAGAGAGCUGGACAGUCUGCUGUUUAGUGAGUUUAAGUUGUGGAAGGAGGAGCCCAGUCUGGAGAGGAACAGCUCCUUCUUGGAGAGAGUCUACAGCGAGGACAUCUACCCCUGUCUCACCUUCUCCAAGAGUGAGCUGGGGUCGGCCAUCUUGGAGGCAGUGGAGAGGAACACGCUCAGUGUGGAGCCGGUGGGCUUCCAGACGCUGCCUGUCGUCAAGGCCUCUGCUGUGGAGUGUGGAGGACCAAAAAAGUGUGCCCUUAGUGGCCAGACCAAAACCUGCAAGCACAGAAUCAAGUUUGGUGAUUCCAGCAACUAUUACUACGUGUCUCCUUUCUGUCGUUAUCGGAUCACGUCAGUUUGUAACUUCUUUACCUAUAUCCGCUACAUCCACCAAGGGCUGGUCAAGCUGCAGGACGCAGAACAGAUGUUCUGGGAAGUCAUGCAGUUGAGGAAAGAGAUGAGUUUUGCUAAGCUGGGCUACUACAAGGAGGAACUGUGACCAACCAAUCACGAUCCAGAACAGAGGGAGGCGUGUCGGAAUCUCAACCUAUCAUCAGACGCACUCCCGUGAGGGACAAGAUAGCUCUCCAAUCAUCCUACCCUCCUGGCUCUCAGAAGGAAGAAGGACCGCCCCAACGCUCCUCAUCGCCACCCCCUUCCAAUCUCUCAUCCAAUCACGUGUCAUUUCAGGAGACUCCUCCCAUCCUCUGUCUUCAAUACCUACUAGCAUAUGACUUAGAAUGCAUGCCCCUUACAUCCUGACUGAUCUACCAAUAACAGUGAGUAGUUAUUCAGGAUGUAAGGGGAUUGGUAGAUCAGACUGACUGAUCUGCCAAUAACAGUGAGUAGUUAUUCAGGAUGUAAGGGGAUUGGUAGAUCAGUCAGUCUGCAGUCUGUCUGGAACAUGACCAUUGUUUGUCAUUCUGAUUGGUCUGCUAGUAUGCAUAUUGGAACAGAGAGGAAGUGCUCUGAACCCAACUGGUGCUUCCCAAAUUGCACCCUGUUCACUGUAGUGCACGACUUGUGGCCCCUAUGGGCAAAAGUGGUGCACUAAAUAUGGAAUAGGGUGCCAUUUGGGACACCGGACAAGUGUAAAUCGAGGCACUCCGUCCGUCCAUCCAUCCAUCUGUGGUUAUUCUAUCCAUCUAUCUCCAGUCCAUAUUUAAAACCAGAGGACAGUAACUAUGGUGACGACCACGCUGCUCUAUGUAACUUGACUCCAUUAUUAUAUGUAAGAAACGCUGAAUGAGCUCUUCUGUCCACACUACAAGGCUGAGUCACAAAUGGCACCCUAUUCCCUAUAUAGUUAACUACUGUAGUAGUGCAAUAUGCACAGCAGGGGUUCCCAACCUUGUUUUAUUAUUGUUUAUUGAGAUUGUCUUUAUUAAAUACAACACCAGCUUAAUUUUGUUUCAUUUGAGGGACCUAGCAAAAUGUCUCAUGACUUAUUUUAUUUUGUGUUUUUUAUUUAACCUUUUAUUUAACUAGGCAAGUCAGUUAAGAACAAAUUCUUCUUUACAAUGACGGCCUACUAAGGCCAAACCCCCUAACCCUGACGACGCUGGGACAGUUGUGCUCCACCCUAUGGGACUCCCAAUCACGUCUGGUUGUGAUACAGCCUGGAAUCGAACCAGGGUCUGUAGUGACUCCUCGACCAUUGAGAUGCAGUGCCUUAAACAGCAGCGCCACUCUGGAGCCCCUAUGAUGAUGAUAAUAAUAGAUCGAUAAGGAAAAUAAAUAGGCUAGACCUGAUUUCCCCAAAUGUUUUAUAUGAACCCUCAAUUUAAUUCUGCAUAUUCUAUUUUACAGGAAAUGAUUAGAUCAAUUGAUAGCGACAGAGUCACACAUUGUAUAAGAUUACUUUACAAGCAAAGUCCAAUUUCUUUGACUCCUCAACUUUAGAAGGUCGUAGCUCAGCUUCUCAAUGUCAGAGAGACGAAGCAAAUAUGUUCCCAUGUGCAUCAGAGUCGCGUCUUCCUCUCGUCAUUUUACUACUUGUUUCAAGCCUAAUGCAUUGCGGAGUUACACUUCGUUUUAGAUCGGAAGGUCCCGUGCCCUCCCAUAUGGUUGGGACCCGUGAUGUAGAGAAUAGGUGCUGUUUGGGAGCAGCAGAUGAGCAGGAUUCUGUUGCGUUCUCUCCAAUACAAGGACUUUAGAAGAAUCUGUACAAAUGUUUUGAAGGUUUUAGAAAACACAUCGAUGAUGAGGAAGAACAUUCUCUCUGGCUUUUUAGUUCUUUACCAACUCUUAGUUAGAAGUAUGUAGCUGUGUCGUCAUGUGUGUCGUGGUGUGUGUGUGUGUGUGUGUGGUCUGUGAACGUUCCAAUCUCUUUACCUUCUCCUGGUUUUCCAUCCUUUCAUCCCUCCAUUCCUCUGUUAACAUUCCAACUCCAAGCUUUCCUCAAUUUAUUUUAGUGCCUUUCUGGAACACACUGAAUUAAAAAUGGUUUACCUCUGGAA